AUCUGCGUGUUUGCGCAUGCACAUGCGGUUGGUUGUCAGAUCGUCAGAUGAAGCAAACUUUCUGAAACUUUGUUAUCUUUGCGUACUUUGUUGAGUGAAUAACAUAAAAAAGGAGAUUUUUAAGUGACACUAACCCUUCAUUUGUGUAAACUUUCAUAAAUAUCCGGAAGAAGCUCAAAUUUUUUGAUAGAAAUGUCAAAGCGCAAGGGAGUAUCAUUGGAUGAGAAGCGAGCAAGAAUGCUUCAAUUAUUCUACGAAAAAAGAGAAUUUUUCACUUUGAAAGAAUUGGAGAAAGUUGCUCCUAAAGAAAAAGGAAUUGUUGCUCAAUCUGUGAAGGACGUUUUACAAAAUUUAGUCGACGAUGGACUCGUUCGUACUGACAAAAUUGGGACCUCCAUUUAUUUUUGGGCCUUUCCAGGAGAAAAGAUCACCUCCUUGGAAAACCGGAUUUCAGAAGCGAGUAAAAGGAUCGUCGAAGCAGAAUUUAAGAUCAGUAAACUUAAAGAAGAAUGUGAAAAAGAAAAGGCGGGGAAAGAGGAAAGCGAGGAAAAACAGACGAUACUGAAGGAAAUCGAAGAAUUCAAAAGAAGAGAGACUGAACUUCAUAGCCAGGUUGGAAAAUUUAGUGACAUAAAUCCAGAUGAGAUUGCUAAAUUAGCUGACACAUCAGAGUUGUACAAAGACGCUGCAAACAUCUGGACAGAUAAUAUCUUCGCAAUUCAGAGUUGGUGUAAAAACAAAUUCGACAUCUCGGAAGAGUUCCUUAACAAACAAUUUCACAUUCCGGAUGAUUUGGAAUAUGUGGAAUAAAAUUAAUGAAAUGUUGUUAAUACAAAGAUAAAUAGAUUAUAGAUUUUGUUAUUUUGUAAAUCAAACGUAUUUUAAGGCCUUUUGUAAUCUGCAUAAUUAUAGUGAUUACUUUUAUAA